GCCACGAACAUUGACGCUUAUGGCGUGUCGGAAGAUUCUCUGUGUGAUUUUAAAUUAUAUUGUUGACUCGCGGUAAAAUCGUGAAGUCGGAUUAUUUUUUUGACAAAUCGCACGAAAAUUUACAUGCCAUUGUUCUCGCUGUGAAAUCGUCGAUAUCGCUCGUGCAAUAUUGUGACUCGCUACGAUUCCGCUGCGAUUCGAGUUGAUAAUCGAGCUGAAUUGAGCGAGUUAGGUUAGGAUCGCCGAUUUACGCUCGUUUAUCAAUUUGGGAUUUGAUUCGCGAAUAAACUUUGGGAAAUAUGUCAAAUUGGCGGUCGAGUCACGGCAAUAUCGACCGACGAGACACACACAAAAAUAAUCGGGAGAACCGGCGCGAUAGAAGUAAUGAGGCACACAGGGACAGAUCGCAGAGAAGCAGAGAUAGAGAUCACAGAAGACGCGAUCAUUCCAGAAGGGACGAUGAAAAGCAGAGCGAGAAGAGGAAGCACGAGAGAUCGCCGUCGAGGAGAGAGAACAGUCAUCCCAGGCAUAGGGAACGGAGCGAGAGAAGUCGGAGUAGAGACAGGAAGGAUGAUUCUGGCAGAAGACGCAACGAUCAGCAGAAACAGAGGAGAAGCCCAGAAGAAACGAAAAUAAAAAAGGAAUCUUCCGUGGACUGGGGAAAAUCGACUGUGAAAGAGGAUAAGGAUAAGCCCAACUUUGAACUGUCAGGAAAAUUGACAGAGGACAUGAAUACUGUCAAUGGUGUGAUUAUAAAAUAUUCGGAACCACAGGAUGCCAAGAAACCCAAACGUAGAUGGAGAUUGUAUCCUUUUAAAGGCGAGAAGGCAUUGCCCACAUUGUACAUUCAUCGACAAUCAGCAUAUCUCAUGGGUAGGGAUCGUAAAGUAGCUGAUAUACCUCUGGAUCAUCCCUCAUGCUCUAAACAACAUGCCGCUCUGCAAUAUCGCCUGGUAUCUUAUCAAAAGGAAGGAGGUAUCGAGGGUCGAAGAAUACGACCAUAUAUCAUUGACCUAGAGUCUGCAAAUGGUACCUUUGUAAAUAAUGUAAAAUUGGAACCAAGGAGAUAUCAUGAAUUAUUGGAAAAAGAUGUGAUACGAUUUGGCUUUAGUACCAGGGAAUAUGUUCUGUUACAUGAACAUAGUAAAGAUGAUUCCUUCGAUGAUGAUGUACCUCUUACAAGUACAACUUAGGAAUCUAAUUUUAAAGAAUGUUUAGAGAUGUCUAUGUAUGAAGACUGAUAAAAAAAUUACAAGCUGUAUGUAAAAAUCAAGAGAAACAAAGGGUAUCUAUAUGGUGAAGAGCAAGUUCCAGUAUAUAUGUAGAUACAAAAUCUUCUUAAUCUUUAAAAUCUUUCUUGAAAUCCUUUUUAAUCCAUAUUAAUAUUAUAUGUAUAUGUAUAAAAUAGUAAAUUUUUUGAAAAUAUGUAAAUUUAGGAUUAACUGAGAACCAUAAUAGAACAUAGAUCUUA